AUGACUUGGAUAUUAAGUACUAGUAUGGGCCCUCAUGAGGACAAGUAUGCCAAGCAUGACCGAGCGACCUUUAAAAAAACGUAUAGUUCCAUGAAAACGCUGUCUUUGAACCAUUUAACUGCUAAGCAACAUAUGCUUAUGGCCCUUUGCAGGGAUAUAUCCCUUUUACCGCCGUUAACCUACAUCUUCACAUCUCUUCGGAAGGCUUGGAGAGUGUCCAUGCGCACUAGUAUAACGCUUUACGAGCCGCAAUCGCUGAGAGAUGCGUUCACCUAUUUCUGGCAAAAGCUUAAUAGCGCUUACGAUAACAACUCAUCAUUUGAAGGGACGUCACAAGAGGCUGUGAGCGGUGACAGUAAGGAUUCGCUCCUUUUGUCCGCACUCACCACAGCCAGAGCGUCCGAGUAUCUUCUUUGCUCGCUUUGGUGCUUGGUUUCCUUAUACCUCUCGUAUGCCAUUCUCGACUCUUUGAUGGUCCGCUGGAUCGUCAAAUACUCUACUGUAGCCGCCAUCUUAAGGAUGUUUUCCAUGUCAUUGAUCAUUGUCACGUUAGAGCUUCUCCUUCUGUCGUCUUUGUCUCCAGAACUCGACUAUUUUUUGCAUACGUGGAUACUCAUUAGUUGUGUGCUAACAGCGGUGUACAUUUGGCAAAGUUAUCUUACUUCAGAUCUGAGGUACAUCAGGAACCAGGAAGGUGAAGUGCAAGAAGACACCAAUGUUCCAGAAGAGACAGAAGACUAUGAUGACGGUGAAGAUGACGGUGAUGAAGACUCACAUGUUGUCUUAGCAGACGAAAAUACGGCGGAUAUUCCUUCCAACGAUAUUCUCUCCGAUAACAGUGAUGACGGAUUGUUUUCUGUUAAUAGAUCCUCAAGCUCUCAUUCGCAAAGCCCUAAAAGACCAAAAAAAUAUCCAAAAAAAGCAUUUAACUUUACCACCAAGCGAACGAUAGAUUUAUAUAAAAUUACUGUUCUCUGUGUCGUUCCUGUGGGACUAGCUAGUUUUAUCACCAUGCUAGGUUUGCUGCGAAACCUGUUCAUCCAAAGAUUGGAUGUAGAGCAAUUAGAAAGAAUACUGCAUGAAAUGCAUCCUCCCGCAUAA